UCAUUCAAAAACAUUUAGGACUGGUGCAAAGGCUGAACCAGUACGUGGUACAAAUACAGAUUGGCUCUCAGAAGUAAAGAUGGGCAGAAUUAGCUUAUUAUUAUUUAGGAUACGUUAUGCACUACAAUCUGUUUUUUUUUCCUUUCAAAUGUAAGUUGUAACUUAUUCUUCAUUAGAAAAAAAAUCUAAAUACAUCAUUAAAAGCCCAGUACUGACAUGACUGUAUUACUGUCUUCUCUUCUUUCUAUUCAACUUACUUUCUUCAUUCUUCAAGCUGAAGUUGCUACAGGCUAUGGGAGAACAAUAGACUCCUUGCCCAUUGAACUAGUUUCCCACCAGCAUUAGCACUGGCGGAGCAGUCAGUUUGAAGUUUUUGUAUACGCGAUUUGGAUGUAUCUUAAACAUUUGCUGCUGAGAUUAGUUAAGUUAAAUGUUGGUGAGAUUUAGACAUAAAUAGAUUUGAAAAGUUACGUAUCAUGUUCAGAACCAGUAAGGUCAACGGUUGACAUAUCAUGAGGAAGACCGCCACCCCUAAAACGGAUUAUUUUCCAGUGAACUUGUACAUCCCUGAGGCCCUGCUAUUUUGUUCAUUCAUAUUCAGCGUCUGGUGAAGCAAUGAAUAUGCCAAGAUUUGUACAGCUUUUCUUUUGCCUGGGAUCUUUCUCGCUGGUUUUUGUGGUUUUUUGGAAUUUAGAUGUUGGAAUAAACAAGUUUUCUUUCAACUCUGAACAUGUUAUCACUUUACAACAGUGUUCAAACCAGCAUCAAGACCAGUUUGAGUCCACAUACGGAACGUACAGUCUGGAGACCACUGGACCUGCAGCACUGAACAAGGAUCUGGAGACCAAGGAAUCUGAGGAUGCGUUUGUGAGGAGCAUGAGGCACGCUAGUCCCAAGGUACUGGAUCUGCAAUACACACAGUAUGCCAGAAAGAAGUUGAUUCACAACCUGUGCAGCCGCAGUGCGUCUUUAGGCUUUUUAAAAAGAGCCACACUUAACGACAUUCCACAUGAUCAGUUGUCAAACCUCAUUGUGGAUGACCGGCAUGGAAUAAUCUACUGUUACAUUCCAAAGGUUGCAUGUACAGAGUGGAAAAGCAUCAUGAUUUUCCUGAGCGAGAGCUUGAAGGUGAACGGCGUUCCCUACAAAAAUCACUCGGACAUUCCCAGAGACCAAAUUCAUGGCAACAGUGUUGUCUAUCUCAACAGGUCCCACAGGAAUGUGAUGAACAAGAAGAUCAAGAAGUAUAAAAAGUUCCUGUUUGUCAGGCACCCUUUUGUCAGGCUCAUUUCUGCCUACAGGGACAAAUUUGAAAAGAAAAAUGACUACUUUUACAACUACCUCGCUGUUCCUAUCAUGAAGAGGUACAGGAAAAUUUCACCGCCAGCCAGCGCGGAGCGUGCUCAUGCAGCAGGUAUACGUCCAACAUUCUCCGAGUUCAUCCACUACAUUGUGGACCUUCCAGAUUAUUACAGCCUCGCCUUUCAGGAGCACUGGAGGCAGAUGUAUUACCUGUGCCAUCCGUGCCAGAUUGAAUAUGAUUUUGUUGGGAAAAUGGAAACCAUGAACGAGGAUGCACAACAUCUGCUGCACUUCCUCAAAGUCGACCACAUCAUCCAAUUCCCACAGAGCCCCAGCAACAGAACAGAAGAGAGCUGGAUAAACGACUGGUUUACUAAAAUACCCUUCGAAUGGAGAAGAAAACUCUAUGAAAUUUAUGAGCUGGAUUUCAAGCUCUUUGGAUACUCUCUACCUGAAAACUUCCUUGAAAAUGCAUCUCCUGCUCAAAGUGUUAUUUCAUACACAUGAUGUGCUGUAUACUGGAUCCAUCUGGAUCAGUGCUUCAGAACUUUUCAAACCAGGUUACCAGCUGAAUCAGCAGUGCAACAAAAAUGAAUGGAUUCAAUAUCGGACAACCUAUGUUUUAUUUAGCACUCUGACAAAUAAGUUAGCAUAGAUUCCAGGAACCUUUGCUGUUUAUCUAUAAAAAAAAGUUGUAAAUAAGAAAUGUCAUUAAAACAGGUUUAAUAGGAUCCAUGUUUCUGUAGCUAAAUGUCAAUGGAUCAAUACAGAUUUUAAAAUGUAGCUGUAAGCACCUCAAAACAUUCAUAUCAGUGUGAUUAGCAUAGCAUUGUGACAUUAUCCUUUUUCAUUUUUUCCUUUGAUUGAAAACCUUAUUGUAGUCCAAAUGGUAUCUUGGGUAUCUAUCUUUCUUUGGAGAAAAGUGAGCUUCUCUCUCGAUUGCUUGGGCUAUUCUGCAGAAUGACAGUUUGCAGAAAGUGAUAUGGUAUUACAUUUAAAGGUCAUAUCCUAUGGCAGUAUAGGGUGCAUUUCUGUUUACAAGCAUUUAAACUGUCCCAAAUAUUAUACAAUGACUGGAAAGCGAUUCAUUGCAUUGCAUAACAUAAUAAUAAACAUAUGGUAACUAAAGUGUUCCUGACACAGUUUCAGUGCACUGCUGUCUAUUUAUGGUAUAAGAUGAUUCACAGUGACCAUUACUCAUUUCAUUUAUGCAGCUCUUUUUUAAGCAUAGCUGCUGUAACUAAAGGAGGACCUAUAAUGUAUGUGUGCUUUAAAGAUAUCUGAGCAUCCCACAUUUAGACAACUUAUACUAUACAAAGAAAGCAAGCCUGAGGAUACUGGAUAUAAAGUAACAAAACCACAGCCACACUAUAAUGUCGGUGGUGCCACAUAAUUUAUCAUUUUAUCUGUUCAGGUCAGUUCAUUGAGAGUUCAUUUUAUUUCAUUUUGUUUGUUGUAUGUCUAAAACCUCGGAAAUUGCAAGGGCAAGAAAACUACACUCAAAUCAAAAUUAUUUUAUAUUAGACUAAAAGGAUAUUUGACUAGUGAAACCUUCUAUGAUGCUAAAUACAA